GAAGAAGAGGAGAAACAGGAGCUGAACAGACUGACGAGAUAAAGUUGUCUUGUUGCUAGUCUUAAACCAUAUUCAAUGUGCACUUUUCCACACAGCUCAAACAAACCUCAACAUAAACAUGCAAUUUAUGAUAUUGUAGUAACUGCUGAAAGAUGUAUUUCAAGUAUUAGUCAGAAAAACUUCGAUACUUUUGUUGCAGGCAAAUGCAAGAUAAUUAAGUUAUGGAGAAACUGCACCACUGCACUGAGUGUGGCAAGAGCUUUAAACAACACAGCACUCUCCAACAACACCAGCUCAUUCACACAGGAGAGAAGCCGUAUCACUGCUCAGACUGUGGGAAGAGAUUCACUCGACAGAGUACACUCCGAGUACACCAGCGCACUCACACAGGAGAGAAGCCGUAUCACUGCUCUGAGUGCGGGAAGAGUUUUACUAGACAGAGUCAUCUCCAACAACACCAGCUCGGUCACACGGGAGAGAAGCCGUAUCACUGCUUAGAGUGCGGGAAGAGUUUUACUAGACAAAGUCAUCUCCAGCAGCACCAGCACAGUCACACAGGGGAGAAGCCGUAUCUCUGCUCUGAGUGUGGGAAGAGUUUUAAUCGCCAGAGUAACCUUCAACAACACCAGCUCAUUCACAUGGGCGAGAAGCCGUAUCACUGCUCAGACUGCGGAAAAAGUUUUAAUCAACUAAGUACUCUCCAGCUACACCAGCGCAUUCACACAGGAGAGAAGCCCUAUCAGUGCUCAGAGUGUGGAAAGACUUUUAGAGAUGGAGGCGUUCUUAAAAAACAUCAGUUUACUCACACUGGAGAGAAGCCGUAUUGCUGCUUAGAGUGUGGGAAGAGUUUUAACCGCCAGGGUAAUCUCCAACUACACCAGCUGAUUCACACUGGAGAGAAACCGUAUCACUGCUCAGACUGCGGGAAGAGUUUUUGUCAGCAGACUUAUCUCUUCCAACACCAGCUCAUUCACAUGGGAGUGAAACCAUAUUACUGCUCAGAGUGUGGGAAGGGUUUUACCAGACAGAGCACUCUCCAACAACACCACCAUAUUCACACAGGGCAAAAGCCGUAUCACUGCUCUGAAUGUGGGAGGAGCUUCAGGCAUUCACAUACUCUCAAGAUACACAAGUGCUCUAAAAGUAAUGAUGGAAAUAGGCCAUUAGACACCAUGACAUCAUCCCAGUAGUAAAAGUCUACUUCCAACCAAGAUUUCAAAACUUAACUUGUGGAAACCUGUUGUUUAUUAUUCUGAAGCAUGUGCAUGAAAAUAACUAUUUCUUUACUGAGCCUCAAGUUCAGCAAUACAGAAGACCACGCAUAAACUGUUGUGAAUCCAAUCAAGGAACUCUAUAAUCAAUAAUAUGUUUUUUUACUUUUACACAAAAAAAUAAACAAAAACAAUGCAUUUGUACGUCUUACAAACUAAAAGGAUGUUGACAUUAAAUGAAUGUCUUUUGUUGUCUUUAAAGCAGCAUUGUUUAGCAUUUCUAUAUCAAUCAUGUUAAUGCUCCAUUAGCCUGUAAUAGGGAGAAUAGUGCUGAUAUCUUUUUAAAUCUGGGCUCAACAUGCCCUAAACUGCACUUUCUAUGAAGUGGUUGAAGUGGGCAGUACUCUAUAUUGCAUCAGUCCACAUGCUUCUUUCACUUAGGAUGUUAGUUCUGUAUCUUUUGGCUAGCAGUAUGCAUGUGUAAACUGUAAGCUUUAGUGCUGGCUCAAAGCGUGAAUAUUGGACUUACUUACUAAAAUGGGCAGCCAAUGGGCAAGCAUAACACUUCUUGGAUAAUGCUGCUUUAAGAAACUGGUUUGUGUAAAAUGGCCAAGAUUUUCUGAAAGAAUGUUAUUGCACCAUUUAUGCUGUGUAUGCUGACUCUAUUUAUUUCGAUUAAAUGUAAAUGUGUGGCAGAAUGUAAAGGUUAAUGCAAUAAUUUUGUGCAUUUUUAUCAAAUCAUUUGAAUGAUUGUCAGAUGUAGUUAAUAAAUUGCUGUAUUUAUUGUAGUCAUUUUAAAAUCCUCUUUCAAAUGUGCAAGAGUACAGAGUUGUACAGAGUUACAGGGGGAAGGGGUGAAGUCCUCCCUCUAAGAAUAGGGACAACACUUUUGACAUUUGCCAAUGAACAAAAAAAUAUUACUGCUUCUUACGCUUUAUUCACCUAUGUCACCAUAGUCUACCAAAAUGAGGCUGUGGGGGACAGAAGUAGCGCUGUACCACUGGGGACUAGUAGCAGUAAUUUCUUACUGCUGUGUUCCCAAAUAAACUUCUUCUAAAAGAAAGAAAUCUUAUAAAGGUCAUACCUUCCAUAUUCUCCCCAAAGAUCCCAUACUUCACUGUGAAUGGAUUUACUAAAUCAGUAGAGAUCGCCAUUUCAGUUUAAGAUGUAUGUUACUGUGCAAGCUAACUAAGGCUAGCCAUAUUAAUAUUACCCAGCCAGCCAAUCUAGCCAGAUAAACAGAGAGACAGCAAGCUAGCUAAGCCCGGUUCUCCGGCUAUGAUUUAUUAACCCUGCACUGGUUAUUUUCUCAGUUUAAUGUCAAAACGAGUGGAGGGUAAUGUUAGUCAAACAAUAGCUCUUUAGUGUAGCCUGCUUAGCUAGCUAGUUAAUAUCUUACAGUGGGGAGCCUGGUCUCACAAGAGUGUAAACUUGCAUGCUUGGCUGGUCUGUAUUUAGCAUGUAACUGUCAUGUUAACAUAAAUUUUAUGUCUGAUUUGAUAUUACAUAUAAACGAGAGAGCGCGCGUCA